AAGAGAGAGAGAGAGAGCAGUAGCAGCGGCGUGUGUGUAAGUGUGAGAGCGCAAAGCACCGGGAAUCCUGAGCCUAGAGGGGAGCCGUGCGUGCCAUGAGAGGGGGGCUCUUCAGCCUGUGGAUGAUCCUACCCGGGGGCCGAGCGGGAAAUAAGGGGCUCGCGGACAAGAGGAAAGAAACGCAGGCAUGGCCCGCCUCAACUGGUGCCUAGCUGCCGUCAUCAGCUGGGGCAAGUUCCUCUUCGCCUGCUUCUUCCCACUGCGGGGCUCCAAGCGAGACAAGCCCGACGAACUGGAGGGGGUCCACACGCACACCUUCAAACUGAAGCCAUUCAAGAAGGCCAAGAGCUGUGAUAUAUGCAAGCAGGCCAUCACAAAGGAGGGUCUCAUCUGCAAAGCUUGUCAACUGUCCUGCCAUAAGAAAUGUGAAGUGAAGGUCACCGCGACGUGUCAAACGGGAACCAACUAUGAGCUGCCUCCAACUCCUCAGCUGCCAUUAAAGCACGUAGAUACUCCGGGCUCAGCCAGGUCCUGCAAGAGUGCAGAAAUAAAGCGCAAGCAGUCACGGAGUCAGAGUAUGGUCCAAGACAUGGAGGAGAGCUACGAAGUGGACCUGGUCUACAUCACGGAGAGGAUCAUCUCCUUCUCUUUCCCCGCCACUGCCGAGGAGCGCAGCUACAUCGCCCACCUCAAGGAGGUGGCGGCCAUGUUGCGUUCCAAACACGGCGAACACUACCUGGUGCUCAACCUGAGUGAGUUGAGGAACGACCUCGCAACAUUAAACCCUAAGGUGCUGGAGUUCGGCUGGCCUGACCACCACGCGCCGCCGCUGGACAAGAUCUGCAGCAUGUGCAAGGCCAUCGACACCUGGCUCAACGGCGACCCGCACAACGUGGUGGUGCUUCACAACAAAGGAAACCGAGGUCGGACCGGGGUGGUGGUGGCAGCCUACAUGCACUACAGCAACAUUUCAGCAAGCGCUGACCAGGCCCUGGACCGCUUCGCCAUGAGGCGUUUUUACGAGGACAAGGCGCUUCCCAUGGGCCAGCCCUCUCAGAGAAGGUACGUGCGAUACUUCAACGGCCUUUUGUCGGGCCACAUCAAAAUCAACAACAAGCCCCUGUUCCUGCACCACGUCAUCAUGCACGGGAUUCCCAACUUUGAGUCCAAAGGGGGCUGUCGUCCAUUUCUGAAGAUUUACCAAGCGAUGCAGCCCGUCUACACGUCGGGAAUAUACAACGUGCAGGGAGACAGCAACACCAGCAUCUGCAUCACCAUCGAACCGGGCCUCCUGCUAAAGGGCGACAUCCUGCUCAAGUGUUACCACAAGCGCUACAGAAACCCCACCAGGGAUGUUAUGUUCAGGGUGCAGUUCCACACGUGCGCCAUCCACGAUCUGGGAGUGGUGUUUGGGAAGAGCGAAUUAGAUGAGACAUUCAAAGAUGACAGAUUUCCUGAGUAUGGCAAGGUGGAGUUUGUCUUUUCCUACGCUCCACAGAAAAUCAAAGGUCUGGGCCAUCUGGAGAAUGGGCCUAGCGUCUGCGUGGACUACAACACUCAAGAUCCUCUGAUCCGUUGGGACUCGUAUGAGAACUUCAGUCAUCGUUCUGAGGGAGCCGAGGAUGACCAGCACGAUGUUGUUCACAGUCAAGGUCCACUUGACGGAAGCCUGUAUGCGCAGAUCCGAAAGAAAAACUCCCUGGAGGGAGGAGUGGUCACCAUCAACGGUCUCCCAGUCCACGGAGACCCCUUGAGCGCCCCAGAGAACGCUUCGCAACACCCAAACCAUCCCCUUCAACCGUCGGAGCAAACUCUUCCCGUAAUAGGCCACGCCUCUCUCCCCGCCGUCGACCACACUCUGUCCGUGAGCAGCGACUCGGGAAACUCCACCGCCUCCGUCAAGACAGACCGCACCGAGGAACACAGUCAGUCCCUGCAGGUGGGAUCCAGCCAGGGCAACCCGGCGCUCGGCCGCCCGUCCCUCAGCCCCCAGGAGAAGCGAGAACUCGAUCAGCUUCUGAGCGGACUUGAGGCGCCUGUUCAUCAGCGGCAAGUUUAUUUGUCCACUUCGACCAGUCCGGGAGGCGGCGUCCGCCACCUGGUCCCUGCACAGGUGCAUGUCAACGGGGGUCACCCCAGACUAAUUGCCGCCCCAUCGGCAGAAGAGCGCGAGACCGAUAUUCUUGAUGACGAGCUUCCUAAUAGCCAAGAGGGCAACAGUGUGGACAGUUUGGGCACACUCUCGUCCUUAGAGGGUCAAGCCACCCCAGGUGACCUCUACUACCAGUCGCAAGCCCCCGUCAGAAGUCAAACCGACGGCCCCUACCUUGAACGAGCUGAUAAGUUGACCGAGAUGCCGGUGCACGGAAUACAAACGGCCGUUACCAUGCAGGAGCGCAGUGCCUCCGCUUCGCCAUCGGGGGGCUAUAAUAAUUUCCAGAAUGAAAGCGGAAUGUAUCGCUCGCAGUCCUUCGGUAACCAGCCGACGAGCAGUCCCGAGUCCAACCCCAAACGAAUGCCCAGGGCCCCCGAGAGGAGCACCAGUAGCCGGGACGCUGUUCAAAGGGGACUGAGCGCUUGGCACCAGUACAGCCUCCCCGAUGAUCCUUUUGGCCCGCCCCUCCAGUCCACGCAUAGCUUGCCACAUUUUCCCUCCUCGGCGUCUCAACGGGACAUCGAGCAAUCCAUCGAAGCGCUCAACAUGCUCAUGCUCGACCUGGACCCCAUUAACUCGCACAUGUCCAAGUCAAACAGCGCCCCCCCUGGGGAACACACCCUCAGUUCAUCCCCCGUGCCCUUCUCCCAGACACUCACGAGGCCAUCGUACCAAGCCGACUCGGCCAUCCACGGCUACAGCUCCUCGGGGUCAUUCAACAAUACUUUCCAUCAGCCGCUACGCGCGACCGGGAGAACUUUUGCUAACCAGAGCCCCCUUUUGGAGUCUCCGGUACACUCCCCUCAAAGGCCCAGCCCCGCUUUGCAAAAUCAGAACAACACCCCGACACACACGCCCGAGCCCUACGCGCACACACGUCCAGCGCAGCACCAGUUCCCCUCGGAUCCAAACGUCCACCCGCCGUUCAAACCCGUCAACCCGUACAUGGCGGGCACGACGGUGUGUCACUCUCCGGACCUACAGGGGUCGUCUCCCUAUCCGGACUGCAGCGAGUCGUCCUCCCCGCUUCCCGCUCUCACCCCUCAACCUAAGGACACCUCCUCUUCCUCUCUGGCUCGAGAGCAGGAUGCCGAGGAGGGGGCGUUGAACCUGGAGGGCUUGGUAGCUCACCGCAUUGCCGAGUACAACGCUCGUAUCCAAGGCAUCAGUGAAAGCAUAACACCGCAACAAUCUGACCGCCAUCGCUCCUAUUCCUUCUCUGGGGUGCGCUCCAGGGGAAUGACCCCGGAAGUGAGCCAAGGUACGGGUCGGCGUCGGACCACCAGUGAGGGUCAGUACCAUAGUGGCCAUGACAACAGGCCAGAAACAGAUUUCAGCAACACUCUGCCCCACAAUGCAGGAGAAAGACCCAGAGAGGGCACCGUGCACAGCUACCGGGAAGCAUUUGAGGACAACGAUAUUGAUAGGCUUGUCGGCAACGCUCCUGCUUUGGGAGGCUAUGCUCGUUCGCCAGCAGGCUGGAUGCCAGCAGCAGGAACGAAUCAAAAAUGUGCAGCAGACUCUGCUUCCAGUCAUGGAGAACAAGAGAAUCGUGGUUUUGUGGAAUUUAGAGCACAACAAUUCAGCGCUCAGCUCACCUCCGGAAGUCCUGUCCACAGCCCCGACGGGAGAUAUGGCUCACCGGACCACAGCACAGCAGCAUUUUACCCGCACACGCACGCCUCCCCUGAUGGCUCCCAGGUCAACAUCAUGGGCGUCCACACCGUCCCCGGCAGCCCCAACACCCUCCACCGCACAGUGGCCACCAACACCCCCCCGAGCCCCGCCCUCCAAAGACGCCUCGGCCAAGCCAGUCCUGCAACGGUCAGACGCACCCCUCCAGCCGGCGGCAGCAGGGACGGCAUCCCAUCCAGCCCGUUAAUCGGGCGAAACCCCAAAACGAGCGGUUCGAGCGUGCCGCCCGCCAGCCCCCUGAUCGGCCGGCGAACGGCGGCGGGGGGCCACGGUACCCCAGAUGAGUUGGGGGCCACGUCUCGUCAAGCUCAGCCUCCGUCCACGCCCGCCUUCCCCGUCUCCCCCCAGCUGCCAGUGAAGAGGCACGCAAGCAGCGGGGACGCAGACAGGACGGACGGCAAGAACCUAGCGGCCGAGGCUGGGUCCAACUUGUCCGGGACUUACCCAGACACGUCCAAGUCCAUCUAUGAUGGCUAUCCGGACAUCAAGAUGAACGUUAAGUUUGUCCAAGACACAUCCAAGUUCUGGUACAAGCCCGACAUCUCCCGAGAGCAAGCCAUUAAUGUGCUGAAGGACCGGGAGCCCGGCGCCUUCGUCAUCAGGGACAGCCACUCCUUCCGUGGGGCUUACGGUCUUGCCUUGAAGGUGGCCUGCCCACCACCGACGGUACAACAAAGCAAAAAAGCUGCUGAUCUGACCACCGAGCUGGUGAGACAUUUCCUGAUUGAGACAAGCCCCAAAGGUGUCCGCCUGAAGGGUUGUCCCAAUGAGCCUUACUUUGGUUGUCUCUCUGCGCUGGUUUACCAACACUCCAUGACCCCUUUGGCGCUGCCCUGCAAGCUCAUGAUCCCCACCAAAGACCCAAACGAAGAAGCGCUGGAGCUGGCCACACCUACCGACCCAGUGGUGGAGCUUUUGAAACAAGGAACAGUUCAGAAGGUUCCGGAGGAGGCUCACGCGUCCAACGUGCUCUACAUCAACUCUGUGGACAUGGAGUCUUUGACCGGCCCUCAAGCCAUCGCCAAGGCCAUCAGUCAGACGCUGGCGACCAAUCCUCUGCCCGCCGCUACCGUCGUCCACUGUAAAGUGUCCUCGCAGGGGAUCAUGCUCACAGACAGUCACAGGAAGAUUUUCUUCAGGCGGCAUUAUCCACUAAGCACCAUAACCUACUGUGACGUCGACCCGCAGGACAGAAGGUGGGGCCAAGAGAGUGGCUGCUCACUAAAGCUUUUUGGCUUUGUGGCGAGGAAACAAGGAAGCACAACAGACAAUGUCAGCCACCUGUUUGCCGAGCUGGACCCUGAUCAGCCGGCCUCGGCUAUCGUCAGCUUUGUCUCCAAAAUGAUGAGGCGGUGAAACACGCGCCCGGAUGGUGGCCAUUUUGAAAAUCCAUCAUUUUGGUGUCUUUUUGUCUCUGGGAUUCGACGAUCUCCUCUUCUUUUUUUAAUUUAAUUAAUUUAUAUAUCUGUACUUUCUGCCUUUCUGGUUUGGUGUGUUGGAAGCGUCUUUUUUUUUUUUUUUUUUUCGAGAGAGGUUUUAUGAACUUGUGCGAGGAUGUGCCAAUGUGAGCGUGCAAAUGUGACAAACGCGGAGGCCGCUUGACUGAAACGCGGACACGAGAGCGAAUGAAACCAGGGAAGUUGGGUGUGAAGAUACGCGAGGCUCGGAUGUUUCAGGGUGUUUUCACGUUUUUCUCGAUUGAUUUACCAAAGGUAGACGCAAUACAAGCGCGGGAAUGACGUAGCGAUGAAGCCAUUCUUAUUCUUUCCGUCUUUAAAAGAUGUACCGAUGGACACACAAAAAAAGAAAAGAAGUCGUUUCUUCUUGACAUUGUCUUCAGGAAAAAAAAAAAAAAAAAAUGUUGGCCUUGAUGGCUUUUGGCAAAAUAUUGUCUGAAGACCUUAUGCAUGUUAGCUUGACCUUUAAGCUCGGUUCUUCUACCUUCCACGCGUCCUUGUGGAGCUCUUAGCGUGAACCUUUCUGGUUCUGCUGUGUGUUUGAAAGGGCUCUUCGGUGAACGGCGACUGAUCUAAACUGCACAUUGCAGACCAGAACCCCCCCCCCCCCCCCUCCAAAAAAAAGAAAAACGGCACACACAUCAAGUUCCGUGCAUUUUCACCGACCACUCCCCCAACCCCCCAACCCUCCCUUUUUCGUGCAAGACGCUUGACUGGUGACUGACAGAUUCUCCACAGGGUAGGACGCUCGUCACGGAAUGAUUCCGGAAAGCCCCUCCAGGACGCCGAACCCGGACCUAUGCACUGUUGCUCCUGCAUGCUCUUUCUCCUUCGAGGCGGCGAAAAAAUCUCGUAGAGAUCGAGGCCAUCGAAAAACCGCAUGAAGUAGAAUUUUUUUGCUCAUGCCCUCAACGAAAUAUAGACAACCCAUUUUUGAAGUAGUCAAACGAUGGUGAUACGCUAUAUUUUUAUUUUUAAUUGUUGGCCCGAUGGACUUGUCUCCCUUUCGUUCCCCACUGUGCUGUCACAAAACACGUUUGGAUAUUUUUAGCAGAGAAAAAAAACACAACGGGAGUAUUCACACUGCGCAGUUGCACAAGCGCGAGCAUCUACAACGAGAGGAUAGCUUACAUAUGUACAUAGAUGAACUACUUUGAAAGGUGACUUAGCGAAAAGUAUUUAUUUUUGUUGCUUUGGUCCCUCAUGAGUACUCAUUAUGCAUAUAUUGUACAGUCUAGAUAAAGAAAUGGGUUCAGGAAAAAAAAAAAUCUACUUAUUUUGGCUAAUGAUUUCAAAGUCUACGGAUUUUGACAUGUUUGAAUAUAUGGUGUACAUUUCUUUGUACGUGUAUUUGUUUCGGCUCGUCUCGUUUGUCAUCUUGGCAAAAAAAAAAAAAAAAAGCCGUGUAGCGGACUUGCAUGGACCGAACGAGUUUGCUGAUGGGAAAACAAUUUAGAACAGAUUGUAGUUGAUAGAACAUUACAGAUUUAAAAAAAAAAAAAAAAAGAUGUGCAAGGGAAAAGAGGCCAAGCUCAAAUGCAAUACAAAAACUGUGUGCCCAUGACAGUUAUGAUUUUUGCCAAAGAGUCACACGAGCUGCUUUUUUUUGUCUUGCUUCCAUUUCACAUGCAAAAUAUUACACAGGGAGCUUUACGUUUAUGCACUGAGACAUUUUUUGACGUCUUCUUUUAAACAUAUGACCGGAGGGGGAAAGAAAAAAAAAAGAAAAAAGAUGCCUGCUGCGUACAUGAAGCACUUAACUUGACAGAGCAGCAGAGAAAACAUGCAAAAUGCUCUUCCAAGGCUUCAUCAUCAGACCUCCCGGAUGCCACUCAUUUAUUUUUGUUAUUUUUUAUUUUUUUUCCCCAGACAGACAUCUUUUUCCAUUGUGUUAUAAGGAAGCAGAGCCGUGCAGUUGGCUCCUAUACGACAAAGCAUUUUUAUAAAAGUCCUAGAAAGCGUCCAUAAAGUCAUUUCAGCUGUAUUAAUGUGAAAAAAGACACUCGGAUUGUGUUUGCGCUUAUCAUCUUCAUUUUUAUCAUUACGGCUUACCUAAAGGAGGAUAAAAAAAAAAC